GGGACCUCCCGGAGCCGCCCCGGCGCUGGGUCCGGCCCCGGCGGUGACGCACGGCCGGUUAAUCCGGGCUCGGCCGCCCGCGGGCCCGGCCUGGCCGCGGGGAGGCCCCCCCAUGUGGCUGUACGUGGUGCUGGCUGCCCUGGCCUGGGCGCUGGGCUGGCUCGUGCGGGACCACCGGACCCUGCCCUCGGUGAAGGACAAGCACGUUUUCAUCACGGGCUGUGACAGCGGCUUUGGCAACCUCCUGGCCCGGCGGCUCAGCCGGAGGGGCUACCGAGUGCUCGCCGCCUGCCUGACCCCGCACGGCGCCGAGAGCCUCCAGAGGAGCUGCGGGGGCCACCUCCGGACCACCCUGCUGGACGUGACCCGCUCCGACAGCAUCCGCAGGGCCGGGGAGUGGGUGAGGGCAGAGGUGGGAGAGAAAGGCCUGUUCGGGCUGGUGAACAACGCGGGGGUGGCCAACCCGAUCGGCCCCACGGAGUGGAUGGACAUCGAGGACUAUCGGCGGGUCAUGGCCGUCAACACCUUCGGGGCCAUCGAGGUGACGCUGCAGCUGCUGCCGCUGCUCAAACGGGCGCGGGGCCGGGUGGUCAACACGUCCAGUGUCCUGGGCCGGAUCUCGGCCAACGGCGGCGGCUACUGCAUGUCCAAGUACUGCGUCGAGGCCUUCUCGGACAGCCUGCGGAGGGACAUGUACCACUUCGGGGUCAAGGUGAGCAUCGUCGAGCCCGGGUUUUUCAAGACGGCCGUGACCAACCUCGAGGUCCUCGAGGCGUCGCUGCAGCAGCUCUGGGAGCGCCUGGCACCUGAGACACGGCUCAGCUACGGGGAGGACUUCUUCCAAAAAUACCUGAAGGUGCAGAGGUUCAUCAUGACCCUGAUGUGUGACGGGGACCUGACCAAGGUCACGGGGUGCAUCGAGCAUGCGCUGGGGGCGCGACACCCCCGGACCCGCUACAGCGCGGGCUGGGACGCGAAGCUGCUCUGGCUCCCGGCCUCCUACCUGCCCUCCUGCGUCGUGGACCUGGUCCUGGCCACCAUCCUGCCCAAGCCGGCCCACCGUGUCCGUUAGACCGCCCCCAGACCCCCCCGGGGGCGGUGAGACCCCCAAAAUGUGGUGAAUAAACCCCCCGGCCCGACCCCUCCCUGCUCGGGGGGUGCUGGGGGCUGUUGGCACUUGGGAA